GAAGAUUAGCUGUAGUAGCAGCCACCUCGGCACCGACCACUUGCCAUUCGACACACUUGCACCUCAUGAAGGUGCUUGCCGCCGUCUUCGCCGCCGCGCAUGUAGUCGCUGCACACACAGACGCCGAGAUGGAUGCGCAAGUGAAGAAGAUGGUCGAUGCAAUGACGGACGACCAACUCCUCGCCCAAAUGAACCAGAUCGACAUCGGGUCCUUCCUCGUCGAUACUCCAGGCGAUGUCAAGGUGAUCAAUGCGUCCCAGGUCCAGGAAUACGCCGACUUGGGCGUCGGGUCCUACUUGAACGCGCCAUUCCUCCGACCCAAGGACAAUCGUGUGAACUGGAACACGACGGAAUACCGCGACACGAUCUCCAAGAUCCAAGCCAUGCACACGAAGAGCGGAUUGAAGAUCCCCAUGCUGUACGGCCUCGACUCGGUGCACGGCGCCAACUACGUCCAGCGCGCUGUCAUUUUCCCUCACUCCAUCAACACGGGCGCUACAUUCAACGCGACGAUCGCGCGGAUGGGCGGUCUGUACACGGGCCGCGACACCAAGGCCGCAGGUAUUCCGUGGGUAUUUGGGCCCAUGAUGGAACCGGCCAGGCACAAGCACUGGUCGCGCAUCUACGAAAGCUUCAACGAAGACCCGAUGGUCGUGUCCGUCCUCUCGUCCGCAUUCAUCCAAGGCAUGCAAAGCCAGAAAGUUGGAGCGUGCGUAAAACACUUGAUAGCGUACUCGAACCCGAUCGACGGCAACGAUCGCAGCAACGUGAAUGCGUCAUCGUACGAGCUGCUCAACUAUUACGUGCCGCCGUUCAAAGCCGCCGUCGAAGUCGGAGUGCUCAGCGUCAUGGGGUCGUACAUCGCUCUCAACGGGAUUCCCGUCGCCGCGAAUGAACUCACGUCCAAGGAUCUGCUGCGCAACGACCUCGGGUUCAAAGGCAUGCUCGUCUCCGACUAUGGCGAGAUGUAUCUCUUGCGCCGCGACCACAAAAUCGUGACGACCGACCUGGAUGCGGUCGACCUCAGCUUGAACAAGACGUCGUACGACAUGAGCAUGACGCCAUGGGACACGAGCUUUAUCAAGUGGGGCAAGCAACUGCUCGCCCAGAAGCGCCUCACGACCGACCGCCUGAAGGAGUCGGUCACGCGCAUUCUCAAACUAAAGCUUCAGCUCGAUCUGUGGAACGAUCCGGUACCUGGUGCCGACGUCGCGGCGUUGGUUGGGGACGCCGCGUCGAGGGCAGCGGCGCUGGCCGCCGCCCAGGAGUCGAUUGUGCUGUUGAAGAAUCAAGACAACAUUCUCCCGUUAGCGGCGGACGCGCCGAACAAGCUGUUUUUGACCGGGCCAUCGAUGGACGACGUCGGGUACCUCUGCGGCGGCUGGUCGCUGUAUUGGCAAGGCACGUCGGGCAAUGACAUGUUUCCGAAUGGCAUUUCCAUUCGGAAAGCGGUGGAGAGCGCCGUGGGCGGCAACGGGUCGACUAUUCCGUUUGUCAGCGGCGUCGAGAUGGAAAGCGGUAACGUGACGAGCCCUGAAAACUUUGCCAAGGCCAAGGCGUAUGCCACCGCCGCCGCGUACACCAUCGUAGCGCUGGGCGAACGCACGUAUGCAGAAGAUGGCGGAAACAAGGACCCGCAGGCGCUGCCGGCUGGAUUUACCACGUAUGUCGAGGCAUUGGCGGCGACCGGGACCAAGAUAAUCUUGGUGUUGACGGAGGGCCGCCCGCGGCUGCUGGGCAAGCUGCCCAAACUCGCGUCCGCCGUGCUGUGGGCCGGUCUGCCCUGUGAAUUGGGUGGUCAAGCCAUUGCGGACGUGCUGUUUGGCAAGGUCAACCCGAGCGGCAAGAUGCCGUACACGUACCCUCAAACAGACUCGUUCGUGAACCUGGCGUCGCCAUACUACAUGCGAAAUGGAACCCACUGCAUCAGCAACGUGUACAACAAUGUGUCCGAGUGCCCGACCGAAUACUACUACGGCGAAGGGCUGAGCUACACGACGUUUGAGUACUCUGGGAUGGCUCUCAGUGACAAGAGCAUGACGUAUGCAGCUGGCAAGGCGAACGCACUGACGGUGUCGGUCUCGGUGAAGAACAGUGGCGCCGUGGCCGGCCAGGAGACGGUGCUGCUGUUCAUGACGCCGCCACAGACGCGCCCGACGGCCGAGACGAAGCUGCUCAAGAAAUAUAAAAAGAUCUGGCUUGCCCCAGGCGAGUCCCUCGUCGUCAAAUUUGAACUGCGGCCAGAAGAUUGGGGCUAUUACUCGAACGAAAUUGGCGCGGGGCUGGCCAAGUCGGUCCCGAGCGGCACGUAUACCGUUUUUUUCAAAGGUAACACCGACUGUGUCUCGACUCCGACCAACUCGCUCUGCCAACCAUUCGAGUGGAUCAUGACGGGGUCGGGCGUCCUACCGAAGGAAGAGCUGAGCCGCGCCAAGAGCGCCUCCACCGGCCUUGCGCUCUCGAUGCUUGCCGUUUUCGUCGCAUGUUGCUUGUGGUAAUCGUAUCCAUCGCAAGGUCAUUUAAUUUCGAAACACGGGAACUCGUAUCACAUGCGCGGCGACAUGCAUGCGCACAUGCACCUUCGUCUGGAGGAAGAGUGAUACAGCGGCGAGACAGCUACCGUCGUCGAAAGCCCAGAAUGGGCUGGAACGGUGUAGUUGACGGACCAAUACUCGUCCACCGAGUUUUGAAGUGUAUUCGCAAGCAUCGUGAGUCGCUCUUGAAGAAGCACGUGCAUGCCUUGCCCACUGCACAGGUAGUCGAUCGCAUGUCAGCCGAGCAUAUGUAUCAUUGUCCACGUAAAAAAACAAAGUCAUUCAUGC